AAAUAAAUAAAGUUAAAAAUGAUGUCCGAUUUUUAUUUUAUUUAAUAAAAAACAUAGGGAGUAUCUGGUCUUUAUUUUUGGGAUGCAGUGCAUAAUCAAGAAGAAGAGAUAAGAAUCAUCAUGUCUGUAUUAUCCCCAAAUCCCCAAAUCCCAUACAGAGAAUUCCGGCAAAAGAGCCACCAGAUUUGGAGCACAGGAGGGGGAAUCUUAUUACUGAAUCUGCAGAAACCAAAUGGUUUUGGGUUUGGGAGAAAGAGAAGGGGAGAGUUGGAGAAGAAGAAGAAGAAGAAGGAAUGGAGAAUUGAUGGCUCUUCUUCUUGGUCUGAUCAUCUGCCCAGGCUCUCUUCUUCUUCUUCUGCAGAGAUGAUGGAACUUAUUGAGGACUGUGAGAUGCUUGACCACACCUUAACUCAGGCUAAACUUCUCUCCAAACCCAUCAUCAUUGAUUGGAUGGCAGCAUGGUGUAGGAAAUGCAUAUACUUAGAGCCAAAACUGGAGAAAAUGGCUGCAGAAUAUGAGUCAAAAGUGAAGUUCUACCGCGUCGAUGUGAACAAGGCGCCCAAGGCUUUGGUGAAGCGCGGGAACAUCUCGAAAAUGCCAACCAUUCAGCUUUGGGAAGAUGGAGAAAUGAGAGCAGAGGUGAUUGGAGGACACAAAGCUUGGCUUGUAAUUGAAGAAGUUAGAGAAAUGAUCCAAAAGUUCAUAUGACUAAUAUGGAGUAGUUAGGUAGUCUUUGCCCUUUUUUCUUUUUGGUGUUUUAAACACUCAAAAGUGUAGGGUUUGUAAUGGAAGCCUUUUAUUACAAAAAGUGUGCACAAAAAAGAUUGGAUUCAAAU